AUAAACCCUGUGACGUAAGCCCUGAAGUCCAGCAUCAGAGGGCAAACUGUGCUCAGUGAGGCAGAAGGAGCAGAGCUGUGCAGAUCACACACACCUGCCCGCAGCGUCUCAGAGAGCUCACCUGGGGUCAGAGGGCGUCUGCAGGAUGGAGAGGCUGCUGAGGAGGUGCCAGAUCAGAAACCCUCUGGUCAGGGAAAGCCUGGCCGAAUGCCUCGGAGUUUACGUCCUGAUUUUGUUUGGUUGUGGCACCGUUGCACAGGUGACGACGUCUCAAGAAAAAAAUGGCCAGUAUCUUUCGAUCAACCUUGGCUUUGCUUUGGGGGUAACAUUCGGGGUCUUCGUGUCCCGUGGAGUCUCAGGGGCUCACCUGAAUCCUGCAGUUACGCUGAGUUUGUGCGUUUUGGGCAGACAUCCAUGGGUGAAACUUCCUUUAUAUACCUUCUUCCAAGUGCUUGGAGCCUUUCUGGGUGCAGCCACAGUUAGUCUGCAGUACUACGACGCCAUCCAGAGUUACAGCGGGGGUCAACUGACGGUGACGGGUCAAACAGCUACAGCAGGAAUAUUCAGCACUUAUCCAGCUGAAUACCUCAGUUUGGGGGGAGGCUUCUUGGACCAGGUGAUCGGCACCGCGGCUCUGCUGUUGUGUGUCCUGGCUACAGGGGACCAGAGGAACACAUCCAUACCCGAUUAUCUUCAGCCCCUCCUGGCUGGAGCCUCGGUCCUGGUUAUCGGCGUCUCCAUGGGCUCAAACAGCGGAUACGCCCUGAACCCGGCCAGAGAUUUUGGACCUCGCUUCUUCACUUACAUUGCUGGCUGGGGGGAUGACGUUUUCAAGGCUGGACGUGGUUGGUGGUGGGUCCCGUUAGUCGCUCCCUGCAUCGGCGGUUUGGUAGGAACUUUGAUCUAUGAGCUGCUGGUUGAAGUCCAUCAUGCAUCCCUCUCUCCGGAGGAUCAGCCUUCAUGUCAAGAAACCACCGAGGGAAAGUCUCUGGAGCUGGAGGGAGUGGGACCAAGCGACGGAAAGUCUGCAUAGCUGUCAAAUUGUGCUUCACCAAAGACUAAAGCUGAUCUACUGAAGGAUCUGACUGAGGAAGUCUGUUAUCAGGCAAACACGCUAGAAUACCUUGGAAGAACCUUUACAGCUAUUUAAUGAUGAUCAUAAACCUAAUUUGUCAUUUCUGAGUAGCCUAAGAGUCUGAAACAGUUUAGUUCUGAACUUUAAUGAAAUCCAAAAACUGAAUCAGAACAAGGAUAUGAGAUCUAUGUCACAUUCUAGAUGGGGUCUGGGAAACCAGUGGGAUUUGAACACAGACAGUGUUGAGCAUAUCUGAAGUAGUUCAGUCUGAUAUUACUUUCUAAUUUGAGCAUUGAGAUAAUGGAGAAAGUGGGCCAAGAAUUGAGCCUUGAGGAACCCCACAUGAUUUUUGUUCGUUCAGAUUUAUUACUGACUGACGCAGCGUAGCUCUGGUCAGCCAAGAAAGAUGUGAACUAAUCGAGAUAUAUUCUUGUGGACCAUAAAAAUGUAGUUAUCAGUUUUCUACCUUGGAACAAGAGCUCUUUAAACUUGGAUGUGAAGUAAUUCACAGAUCUGAUUUCCAAAGAAAAUGCAGAACUGUAUAUUUAGUUUCUUAAUUUCCAUGCAACCAAAAAUGUGUAUUUGCUGGCACAAAAUGAGCGCAGAAAAUAUUCCUGUGCUUAAAACCCACUUUAAAUAAGACCUCAAUGAAACUUUUGCACAUUUUAGAUAGUUUCCACAUUUAUUUCCAAACAGCACAGAAGUGUAUGGCAUUUCAGCAAGCAGACCACAAGCAUGGGAAAUAAAAUGACAUGAAAUUGCCACUAUAGAGCUAUAUAAAUAUGAUAUGACAUAUAAAAAAGAUACAAAGUCCACUCAUAGACCUCCAUCAUGUCACUGAGGGCUUGAACAUAGAAAAGAAAAGUGGGUACAGCAAGCACUGAUCCUGUAGUUACAAAAGAACCGCCUGAAAUCGAAACCUUUUGUUUUCAUACACGUUAAGACGACACACCUUCUCUCAAAAUGUAACUAACUCUGGGAGGGUUUUUCAGUUUGAGGAGGGGGAGUGGAACAGUACAAGUACAAAUACUACACAUAUUCACAUUAUCAUAGUAAGUUACUAAAACCAGAAAGCUUUCUUAGUGUACUUGUAUGUAUUUACAUGGCAAAAACUUGUACACCGAUACUACUGACAGGAAGUCUGAUCUUUCUUUUUCUAGCUUUGACGAUCAACAACAUCACAAAUUAUUCACAGCGACCGGGUCACAGACUUCCUGCAACCUCUUCAUCUCAUGACUCUCUAAGAUACAAACAGCAGUGACGUAUUUAGUAUAAAUAAAUAUUGCAACAUAAAAAAAAAACAUUAAAAAAAACAGUGUCAGUUUCUCCGGACGCUCCUCUUCAUGCUUCGGAUAUCUCUCGUGCGCCACGGGAGGAAAAACGAGAGAGGAGUUUGAGGCAGGCUGCAUGGCGUGCAGACGAAAUGCGUGGAUGUAUUCGGUGAAGAGUGGAAGAAAUGGGAGAACAGGUAAAAAUGGCUGAUUAAAAACAAAACCUGAGUGAAGUUGGCCUCCCACAUUCGUCAAACUAAACGAAAUUUUGGUUUGUGCAGCAAAAAUGUUUUCGCUUGUGCUGCUAUUAUUUCAGAGACAUUAACUUGUUCCAAAGGUUAUCAAAGGUCAACCAGCUACUCCACAUUUAAAUCUAAUCAAGCAAAUUGUCAAUCAACUGUUUUUACCUGUUUUUCCUUAAUGUGGGCGAGAGGAAUCAGGUUGACCUUUGACCUCUGGAAACUACUUUUUUUUUUAAUUAUUUUAUUUCAAAAAUUGU